GAAGAGUAUAAAAGAGUAGACUCGCUCUACGACUACGAAUGUUAUCUUCGACGAGACGAAACUAUGUAAAUAUUUAUCCACACAAAAGACGACGUUUGACAAAAUUUUUCCUCCUGCCAAUGAUGAAUUUCCCGUAGAUGAAAGUCACGUCGGCUGAUGUGUGCAAGUCACGAUGUUUUGUCUCUGUGCAAAUAAUCGCAAAAAUAUAUAACGCGCGUUAUCGUUCUAUAUUAAUUGGGGUUACUCCGAUAAGGGGACGACGAUGAUGACGAAUCACGAUUCAAAUCUAAAUGGUAUCAUAAUUUUUCACAUUUAUUUGCGACGUACUUAAAAUAAGGAUAAAUGGUGGAGCCCGUCAGUAGCGAUCUGAAGUUGGAGGAAGGAAUAAUUGAAUAAUCUAUUCAUUCGUAUGUGAAUCGUAAGAGCGUAUAUUAUAGAGGAUAAAACAAAAGAACGAGAUUCAAAAGUAGAAAUAAAAUUGUUUGAAUUAUUGACGGUUGUUGAUUAUAAGAUAACAGGGUGAGUUAAAUGAGACAGACGACACGAUGGAAUGGCUGGAAUUGGUUCUCGCAAUUUCGAUGCUUCUCUUCGGAUUUUACUACUGGGCAAGCUCAACGUUCGACUUUUGGAAAACUCGCAAUGUCUCGGGACCCCCGCCGUUGCCUUUGAUCGGCAAUUUGAAAGAUGUUUUGUUGGGAAAAAAUUCAAUGGGCCAACUGUUGAAAGAGAUUUACGAAGAAUAUCGGAACGAACCGACGAUCGGUAUAUACUUGAGACGCAAACCAGUUCUCCUGCUCGUCGAUCCGGAUAUCAUAAAAGAUGUUCUCAUUAAGGAUUUUUCCACUUUUGCCGAUCGCGGCUUGAGGACCUUCGAAAAAGUCGAACCGUUGACGCAACAUUUAGUAAACUUGGAACACGCCCGAUGGAGACCUCUCCGGACUAAAUUAUCACCGGUUUUCACCUCAGGAAAACUUAAACAAAUGUUUUAUCUACUCGCCGAGUGUGGCGAACAUUUGGAAAAAUAUGUGGAAAAAUUGACCGCGAGAAACAAACCGAUCGAGUGCCGGGAACUGACGGCAAAGUUCACAACCGAUGUUAUCGGACACUGCGCAUUCGGCCUCAAAAUGAACGCCCUCGCCGACGAAGAAAGCGAGUUUCGAAGAAUGGGACGCAACGUGUUUGCUCCCAAUUGGAGAAACUUUAUCAGAUUGAGAAUUCGAGAAUCCGCUCCUUGGCUCUACGACAUGAUCGGAAGGUUCAUUUUCCAAUCGGAAAUAACACUUUUUUUCAUGAGAAUCAUGAAAGAAACGAUGGAAUAUCGGAAAAAAAAUUCAAUCGUCAAGCACGAUUUCAUCGAUCUUAUAAUGGAACUCAAAGAUCAUCCCGAUAAAGUUGGUGACAUGGAAUUAACAGAUGCGAUACUGACCUCCCAGCUCUUUGUAUUUUUUCUCGCUGGUUUCGAAACCUCCUCGACAACGAUGAGCCACGCUCUUUAUGAACUUGCCCAAAACCAAUUAAUCCAAGAUAAAUUGAGGAGCGAAAUCCAAAAUGAACUGUCCAGAAAUAAUGGGGUACUGAACUAUGAAGCCGUCAAAUCCAUGAAGUAUCUUGACAUGGUUUUCAAUGAAACACUUCGAAAAUAUCCGCCUGCGACGGGGUUACUGAGGAUGGCAACGAGCGAUUACACGUUUUCCAAAACGAACGUAACGAUACCCAAAGGAACCCGAAUUCUCGUGCCCAUAUUCGCAAUUCAUCGUGAUCCACGGAUUUAUCCGCAGCCGGAAAUAUUUGAUCCCGAAAGAUUUACCGAAGAAGCUGUCAAAGCCCGGCAUCCCAUGAAUUGGUUAGCGUUCGGUGAUGGGCCAAGGAAUUGCAUCGGUGCUCGUUUCGCGAAUUAUCAAUCGAAGGUCGGACUCAUAAAGAUACUUCAACACCACAAAGUCGACGUUUGCGAUAAAACAGAAAUACCCUAUAUCAUCAAUCCUCGAGCCGUAUUUUUGUCGCCGACCAGUGGCAUUCAUCUCAAGUUCAGCCAAAUAAAUUAGAUCAUUCGUCCAACUCGA